AUGGCAAUUCCAACACUUCGUGAUGAUGUUGCAGUGUCGAUUGCUAGUUAUGGAAAUUCUUGUAUGGUGUAUCCUGAGCCGAUUGCAGGGAAGAGUAGUAAUUUCGAGCUCAAACAGAAUCUUCUAAUGAGAUUACCUGUCUUCCAUGAUCUUCCAACAGAAGAGCCAAAUCAACACCUUUCGAGAUUUGUGACUAUUGUUGAAUGCAUGGGACCUGAUAUGGCGGAUCCUCAGAUUUUAAAGAUGAAAGCUUUUCCGUUUUCACUUGAUGGAGCAGCUUUGGAUUGGUUCGAAGAUUUGCCUAUGGGUUUCAUUACUUCUUGGGAGAAGCUAGUACAUGAAUUUUUGCAGAAGUUCUAUCCAGCAACUAGAGUUAUAAGCAUGAGAAGUCAAAUAGCUGGAAUUCAACAGUAUGCAACUGAAACAUAUGCUGAGUACUAUGCGAGAUUCCAAAAGUUACAAAAAAGGUGUCCUCAACAUGGUUUUUCUAAAGGGAGUCUAUUACACUUCUUCUAUCAAGGUCUGAAUGAAUAUGAAAGGAGAUUAUUGGAUUCUUCUGCUAGAGGUGCUUUUAUUGAUAUGUCUCAUGAUGCUGCUGAACAACUGAUUGCUAAAAGAGCUGCCAAUGAGCUUCAAUAUGGGAGUCGUGCAAGGUCGGAAUCAAUUCUAGGAAUUGAAUCUGAUCAAAGAUUGACAAAGAUUGAACAAAACUUGGAGAGGUUGAGUGCAUUAAUGCAAAUUGGAAGAACACCUCAAAUUCAAGUAUGCGAUUUUUGCGCAACUCCAAAACAUUCUACCGAGUCUUGUCCAUCUUUUAGUUAUGGAAAUCAGGAAGCAAAUCACUUUUUAGAUACAUAUAAUUCCAGGAUGGGAGAUCUCAUGAGGUAUGAAGAUACUAAUGGUGCUCUAUAUGGAUUUCAGUUUCGGGACAAUUCUCCACAUUCAGGUUUUCAGCGGACGGGACCACUCCAUCAGAAUUCAACUAGUGGAAGCAAUAUUGAAAAAUUAUUGGCCAAAUUAGUUGAGGGACAGUUGGAGAUGCAAAAUCAAUGUUCUAAAGAUUCUCAAGGCAUCAAGAAAGUGCAAACACAACUUGGGGAUGUGGGUAACAAUGUCAAUCAAAAGCAUGAGUUUGUUGAAAUUCAUGAAACUACACAGCCACGACCAAGGUUUGAGCAUGUGAAUGUCAUUACUACCUACAAGUCACUAGGUGAAGGAAGCUCUAUUUCACAAGUUAGUGACAUACUUGAUGAACCUGAUAGAGAUAGUAAUCUGCAGAAUAACAAUGAAGAAGUGGUUGAAACAGUACCCAAAGAGAGGUCUCCUAACUUUUCUUAUCCAGUUGAUUUUAAAAGUCGCUUUCAUCGUGUUCCUUUUCCGUCUAGAUUGAUGCAGACAAAGAUAAAUGAGAUAGAAAAGGAACAUCAUAUGGAUACAGAGAUAGUUACUAGAAAAGAAAGCACUGUGCAACAAGAUUCUGAAGCAGUGGAAGAAAAAUUGGAAGAUGUGGUUUUUCGAGAAGAUAAUAAAGAUUUGCGAGAGGUGAAGUUUGUUGGAGUUGAAGUAAUUUCUAUGACUCCUAUAUGCGCUACUGAUAAAUCAACUUCUUCGUUCAUUCUUGAAUUUGAAAAUGUUGCUCUUGAGGGGAUACACAAAAUUUUGAAGGAGUUGGGGUUUCUUUUGGUGUUGCAAGAUGUACCUAAGCUCGAGUGGAAGCCUUUGCCAACGCACUUUAGGUAUCAUAUACCUUUCAGCGAGAAAGUGGGGCACAACGUCUAG